GACUAGGACCGCCAGACUGAGUAACAACUUAUUCCCUCAGAUUGUGAUACUAGUGAAUACCCUGUCACCAACAAGGUCUCAUCACCAGAGCCGUGUCAGCAUGUUACUUGGAAUCUGACGAGCAGUAAGGAACGCCACAGUGUGACAGAGCAAUUGAAAAGCUUGCCUGAGCCAGACCUCUUUUAAUAGUGGCAGAUAACCAAGGCAGAGCACCUAGAUGUUGCUAACAGAAAAUUGGGAUGGCCUCUGAGACAAGGUCAGAGGUCAAGGACUACACUGACGUCACAAAUAGGCAAAUGAAUGAAUUACAAUUGCAGCUUCUGAUGGAAGCAUCAUGGUGAAAUAAGGAGAGCAGAUGAUUCUUCACAUGAAUCAUAGGGAUCUGCAAGAGACGUUUUCUCCCUCUUGUGGAUUAUUAUCGCAGUCAUCUCUGCUGAGGAGAAAAGCAGAAGAUCAAUGUGAGUGUGAUUCAGAGGUUCGUGGCUACCGAACGAUGGUAAAUUAAUUUUCUGGAUGAUAAUGCUGCAAACCACUUUGGUGAUCGAUUAAAGGUGCAUGGACGAGCCUUUAAGGCUACACAGAAUUUUAAUUAUGUAUACGUGUUAUUUGUUAACAGAAGAUACAAGAGAGAAUAAGUGACAGAGUGAGGCAGGGAAACGAAGUGGAGAGGAAGGCAAUAGAUUUUAAGGGAAAAACUAGUCAGGGGCAAAUUAAAGGGAAAAUCUAGAAUACGGACAAGAUAACAAUCAGAACAAACGAUGUAUCAGUAACAAAGAGAGGUGGAUUAACUGGAAGAAGUGUGGCAAUAAGAGAGAGAGAGAGAGUGUCCAGCCAACAGCUGGAGCUAAGCUGGAGCAAUGGGCUGUGCUCCUAGUAUCCAUGUCUCUCAAAGCGGAGUGAUUUACUGCAGAGACUCAGAUGACUCAAACUCUCCACAUCAGACCACUACCAUCUCCCAAGGCACAGCAACAGUCCAUGGCUUCUUCAUCAAGACGGAUGCUGCCGAAUCGUUGCCCUCAGUGUUGGCAUACCAGAGUCGUGCAACACGUACCUCUUCACGUCGAGAGAAGAAAGAGAACAGCAACUGCAUUGAAGCUGAGACUCAAACCAGCCACACCAGUGUAAAGGUUGCAUCUACAGAAGUACGUUUCGGACCUAUGAGACUGAUCCAAGAUCCUUUUCAGGUCUUGCUGGUCUUCGGUAAAGAGGAUAGUCAGAGUGAUGGCUUCUGGUGGGCAUGUGAUAAAGCUGGAUACAAAUGCAACAUUGCCAGGUCGCCAGAGUCUGCACUGGAAUACUUCCUGGACAAACAUCAUGAAAUUAUUAUCAUUGACAACAGACAUACCAAAUAUUUUGAUGCUGAAGCCCUUUGCAGGUCAAUUCGAGCCACAAGCCCUGGAGAAACCACAGUGAUUCUGGUUGUAGUUCCUCAGAUGUCUAAUAAUCAAGAGGAGACUUCUGUCUUGCCUCUUCUUAAUGCUGGCUUUAACAGGCGCUACAUCGAGAAUCCCAAUAUAACCGCAUGCUACAAUGAAUUAAUUCAGCUGGAACAUGGAGAAGUCCGGUUACAGUUCAAACUGCGGGCUUGCAGUUCCAUAUUUGCAGCCCUGGAACACUGUCAGGAGGCCAUAGAGAUUACAAGUGAGGACCAUAUUAUUCAGUAUGUGAAUCCAGCGUUUGAACACAUGAUGGGUUAUCAGAGAGGGGAGCUGAUUGGCAAAGAACUUACUGAACUACCCAAAAGUGACAAAAAUAAAGUUGAUCUUCUUGAUACAAUAAAUACAUGCAUCAAAAAAGGGAAGGAAUGGCAAGGAAUUUACUAUGCCAGGCGGAAAGCAGGAGACAACAUCCAGCAGGAUGUUACAGUAACACCUGUGAUUGGCCAGGGAGGGAAAAUUAAGCACUUUGUGUCCAUCAAGAAAUUGUGUAGCGAUAGCAAUAAGCAGAACUAUAAUGUGCAGACUGAUGAGAAGUAUACAGAAGAAAAUUGUCAAUCAGAUUCACAGUCAUUGAAACAUAAAGAUAGACGAAAAGGCUCCAUUGAUGUCAGAUCAAUAACAUCAAAAAGAAGUGAUGCUGGAAGUUCACACAACCGGCGACAUUCCUCAAUGGCCAGAAUUCAUUCUAUGACAAUUGAAGCUCCAAUUACAAAGGUCAUCAAUAUAAUUAACACCGCCCAGGAGAACAGCCCAGUAACAGUUGCAGAAGCCUUGGAUAGAGUACUGGAAAUAUUAAGAACAACUGAACUCUACUCACCACAGCUUGGUACCAAAGAUGAUGAUCCCCACACCAGUAAUCUUGUUGGUGGCCUCAUGACUGAUGGAUUAAGAAGACUCUCUGGCAAUGAAUACAUUUUCUCCAAAACCUAUCGCCAAGUUGAGAAGACUGAGGCACCUCUCUGGACUUCUCUUGAUGGGCAGAUUGAAGAAGAACCAGACUUGCAGCAAAGUCACGGCCAUCUUGCCAUCCCAGUUGCCCUUGGUGAUGUACCACCUCGGGUGGCAGAAUUACUUGCUGAUGAAGAAAACUGGGACUUUAAUAUUUUUGAGCUGGAAGCUGUAACUAACAAGAGGCCCUUACUCUACCUUGGCUUAAAAAUCUUGACACAAUUUGGCAUAUGUGAUGUUCUAAACUGUUCAGAAAUUACUCUAAGAUCAUGGCUACAAAUCAUAGAAACCAAUUAUCAUGCAUCAAAUUCAUACCACAAUUCAACACACGCAGCUGAUGUGUUGCAUGCCACAGCAUAUUUUCUUCGAAAGGACCGAGUUAAGGCAAGUUUGGACGAGAUGGAUGAGGUUGCAACACUGAUUGCAGCCACGGUACAUGAUGUGGACCACCCAGGUCGCACCAACUCCUUCCUGUGUAAUGCUGGAAGUGAGCUCGCAGUCCUCUACAACGACACCGCAGUUCUGGAAAGUCACCAUGCAGCCCUGGCCUUCCAGCUUACAGCAGGAGAUAAAAAGAGCAACAUUUUUAAGAACCUUGAAAGGAAUCAGUUUCGAACUUUGCGACAGGCAAUCAUUGACAUGGUUUUGGCAACAGAGAUGACAAAGCAUUUUGAACAUGUGAAUAAAUUUGUGAACAGUAUCAAUAAAUCCAUGACAUCACUAGAAGAAACCAGCUUAAAUAGUGAAAGCAGUGAUGGUGAAUGCACUCCCAGUAUAAAGAAUGCAAUGGAGAACAGACUGCUCAUUAAACGCAUGUUGAUUAAAUGCGCUGACGUUGCUAACCCUUGCCGUUCAAUCAACCUGUGCAUUGAAUGGGCAGGGAGAAUUUCAGAAGAAUAUUUUGCUCAGACAGAUGAGGAGAAAAGCCAAGGUCUCCCAGUUGUGAUGCCAGUCUUUGACAGGAAUACGUGCAGUAUUCCAAAAUCUCAGAUCUCAUUUAUCGACUAUUUUAUAAAUGAUAUGUUUGAUGCUUGGGACGCAUUUGCAAACCUGCCCAAUUUAAUACACCACUUAACUGAGAACUACAAGUACUGGAAAUCUUUAGAUGAAUCCAAUUAUAAAGGUCUACGACCACCGUCUGACCUUUAAAGGUGAAAGGACAUCUUUCUUGUCAACUUCACUCUAACUUAUGAUUCAAGCCAUUAAGAGAUUCUAUUUUAAUUCAAGUGACCAUAUUACAAUGUAAUAUAACUCUUACAUAAAGCAGGAAAUACAGUAUGCAGGAAAAUUGAGUUGAAUCAUCAUAGCAGUGUCCCAUCAACAAAGAGAAUUGCAGCACAGAUUUCUGAAUUUCAAGAUGGUCAUUUUCUUGUUCAAGAAGUUUUACUGCCAUUCCAGAAGUCAAUGAAUCAUACAGAGGAAAAGAACUUUUGUCAAGAGAAACAAAUGCAAAAAUCUUUGUUUCUAUAAUAAUUAACCUAAAGAUAUAAUUUUACAUGUGAUUAUGCCUUUGGUUUACCACGUUGUUUUUUCCUCUAAAUUGCAGAUUUGUGCAAGGAUUAGGGAAAUUUUUUUCUGUUAAUUUGACAGCAUUUCAGGUAAAUGACAUUUGCAGCAUUAAGGCAAGUGAUAAUGGUGGUUUACAUAUUCUAUUAAUAUUUCUUAAGAAGGAAAAACCUUUCCCAGUGAAGUAACAAAUCCAUUCAACAAACUUUUGUGAGGUGGAAAUUCAUUAUGUUGUGUCAUUGUGUAUAUAUUGAAUUAAUAUUUUAAUCUAUAACUUUGCCAAGAUCUUUACUUUUAUCUGCAACCAGAUUAAUGUGGUUAAAUUAAUUUUCUUUUCCAAAAAAUAUUAAAUAUGUCAAACAUAUUUCCAUAUUUUAUAAUAAUUCAUGUGGCAAUAAACACUAUUACAUUUUUCCCACAUCAGUAUCCAGUGCAGUAUACAUAACAACCCCUAUCUGUGCUCUGUUGUUCUGAAGAGGAGUUCUAAACACAGUCACAUGAUAGUCAUGGAUGAGGAAAAAUAUUUGUCUCAUCUUUCAUUCAGACAUGAUGUCCCCAAUUGUGCCACAUUAAAUAUUUUUAAUGAAUGCUGAUGUUUUACCUUCAUUAUUCUUCAGAGUCUAUUUCCAUAUAUUGAUCAUGUGACACCUACUGAUUUUAGUCACACAUUUAUCUUUUCUUUGAUCGAUUUGAGGCCACUUGCCAAGUUCUUACAAUUUAGAUUACAGAAUGUUUAUGUAUUUUAUUCUCACAAAUAAUUAACCAUUUUGCUAUCUACUUGUGCCUUUUCUCCUCCUUGAAAAUUCAAAUCACAUCGUGUUUUUGCACUCUGGCCACUGAUGCUAGCCAGCAGCUGCACACUUCUUCACUGGAAUACCUCCAAUGCCUUCAGUAGCUCCUUUGUUUCUCUGUAUCUAGAACUGGAACAGUGCCAAUACACAGGCUGUCCAGAGCACUGUCAUUUGGAUAAUUUCCUUAAACUUCUAUCCUUUCAUGUUUCGGCAUUCCAUUGCUUUGUUGAUUGUCGCUGUGAUUACAGAGUGUGAGACUGCCAAAACUCCCCAACCUCCAGAAUUAGGCUAUUUGGCCCAGCAAGUCUCUUUUGCCAAUCCAUCAUGGCUGAUUUAUUACCCUCUCCACACCAUUCUCCUGCCUUCUUUCCAUAAUGUUUGACACUCUGACUAAUCAAGAACUUAUCAACCUCCGCUUUAAAUCUACCCAAUGACUUGACCUCCACAACCAUCUGUUGCAGUGAAUUUCACAGAUUCACCGCCCUCUGGCUAAAUAAUUACAUAUCACACAUUUAUUUUCUGUGUCAUAAAUAGAAGCAAACACAACAUGUGCAUGCUGAAAUUGACUCAUCCAUAUGAGUCAGCAGCAUACUGUGUAAAUACUAAUGUGGACAGGGCUUCUUUUCAGUAAUUAAAUAGGCACAUGUUGAAAGGAGUCCACAUUCUGGGGUUUGUUCCACCUAUAUCUGUUAAAGUGGCCGCAUGAGGUGGUUAACUAGUAAGCGUGCUGCAAACACAUCUGCAAAGUGAGACAACUCCUAAAUGAGAAAAGUAAACACAUGCGGGACCAAAAACAAAACUUUAGGUAAAGCAAGAUUCAAUCACUAAGGUGAAACAUACAUAUUGUAAAAUGUAUGUGUGUACAUUUGUAAAUAGAAGAAUUUAACAAAAUAUACAACUGUUUAUAGAAAAUACAGCAGUAAUUUUGUUCAUUACUGGGACAAUAUGUGUAACAAUAAACAUAAUUUUAAAAAAUGCUGUUUUAUCAAUAAAUGUUACCUCU